ACAAUCGAUGCGCGUCGCAACCUUUCCCUUUCCUUAUCCCGUUUAUAUAGUACGGCGACUUCCGCCCUUGCCGUUAAAGCAGUGCGAUCAUGGCGGAGCGCGUUCAGCAGCCCCCAGCUAAACGGCUCUGCUGCCGACCCGGGUAUAGUACGACAUGUAGACAGGGGCAGCGAGCCGGUGGAACAGUAUGCGGCGGUUCGGGUUCUGGCCAAGGGGGAUCCAGCAAAACCCAGAGCCCCGAAUCGCUCCUGGACAUUGCAGCGCGGAAAGUAGCGGAGAAGUGGCCGUUCCAACGGGUGGAGGAGCGUUUCGAGCGCAUCCCGGAACCCGUACAGCGGCGGAUCGUGUACUGGUCUUUCCCGAGGAGCGAACGGGAGAUCUGCAUGUAUUCCUCGUUCAACACGGGCGGAGAGGAGAGUGCGUCUAGCGGGGAGAACGUAGACGAGACGCGGUUACCGUUCCGACGCGGCAUCGCAUUGCUGGAGAGCGGUUGUGUGGACAACGUAUUACAAGUCGGUUUCCAUUUGAGCGGCACAGUAACAGAACCGGCCACGCCGUCAGAACCCGAGAUGGUGUGCAGCGUAGCCAUUAGCUUCGACCGCUGCAAGAUCACCUCCGUGACGUGCGGCUGUGGAAACAAGGACAUCUUCUACUGCGCCCAUGUGGUGGCGCUGUCCCUGUACCGCGUACGGCGGCCCGAACAGGUCAAACUUCACCUCCCCAUCUCAGAGACUCUAUUCCAGAUGAACAGGGACCAGUUGCAGAAGUUUGUGCAGUAUCUCAUCACCGUCCACCACACGGAAGUGCUGCCCACGGCCCAGAAACUAGCCGACGAGAUUCUCUCGCAGAACUCCGAGAUCAAUCAAGUGCACGGGGCCCCAGACCCCACGGCGGGGGCCAGCGUGGACGAUGAGAACUGCUGGCAUUUGGACGAGGAGCAGGUCCAGGAGCAGGUCAAACUCUUCCUGUCCCAGGGGGGCUACCAUGGCUCGGGCAAACAGCUCAAUCUCCUGUUCUCAAAGGUACGGGAGAUGCUGAAGAUGCGGGACUCGAAUGGCGCUCGCAUGCUAACGCUAAUCACCGAGCAGUUCAUGGCCGACCCGCGGCUGGCUCUGUGGCGGCAGCAGGGAACCACCAUGACGGACAAAUACCGGCAGCUGUGGGAUGAGUUAGGUGCCUUGUGGAUGUGUAUCGUGCUGAACCCCCACUGUAAGCUGGAACAGAAGGCCGCUUGGCUCAGGCAGCUCAAGAAGUGGAACAGUGUGGACGUGUGUCCCUUGGAGGACGGUAACCACGGCAACGAGCUGCCCAAUUUAACCAAUGCCUUGCCUCAGGGUGCACACGGCAACCAAGAUUCGGGCACCCGGCCCCACCGGACGGUUUUCACGCGAGCCAUCGAGGCAUGCGAUCUCCACUGGCAAGACAGCCACUUACAGCACAUUAUCAACGACGACCUCUACACCAACUACUGUUACCAUGACAACACUGAAAAUUCGCUCUUUGACUCUCGCGGCUGGCCCCUGUGGCACGAACACGUCCCUACGGCUUGCGCCAGGGUAGAUGCACUGAGAUCUCAUGGUUACCCACGGGAAGCACUGCGAUUGGCCAUCGCCAUCGUCAACACCCUGCGCCGGCAGCAGCAGAAACAGCUGGAGAUCUUCCGAAACCACAAGAAAGAUCUGCUUCAUAAAGGGGUGACGUCCAUCACCAAUCUAGAGGGAUGGGUGGGCCACCCUUUGGACCCCAUUGGAACGCUCUUCAGCACGCUGAUGGAAACGGGCCGUGGGGAUGAAGACAGUUUGCAGGGAGGGUUCCUAGAUUUCUCAGCCAGCACAAUGAGCUCGAGCAAGCACAGCGAGCUGCACUUGUUUCCGUCCACACGCCGCUUCCUGGAGGAGGGUGAGUCAUAUCUGGCCCUGGCGGUGGAAACGGCCCUGAUGGGACUGGGUCAGCAGAGAAUUAUGCCCGACGGACUGUACGCCCAAGAGAAGGUGUGCCGCAACGAGGAGCACCUGAUCGCCAAGCUGCAGGAAGUUGACCUGGACGAUACCCUGGUCAAGAUCUUCCGCAAGCAAGCAGUCUUCCUGUUAGAGGUAUGCAACAUUUACUUAUACCACUGUUGUGUUUUAUUGAUGAUUGACUGUACUCCUCCACAGGUUGUGGUUUGGAAAAUAACACUAGUGUUGAUCUGUAUGUCUUUUUUUGUUUGCAGGUUACCAGUGUUGGAAUCCAUGGCUGCUUCGGGCGACAUGUCCCGGCCUCACCAUAUAGUAUCAGUCGUCCCCAAUCGUUACCCGCGAUGGUUCACCCUCAGCCACAUCGAGUCCCAGCAGUGCGAGCUGGCCUCCACCAUGCUCACUGCAGCCAAAGGUGAUGCUCGAAGGUUAGAGACAGUAUUAGAGACCAUACAGAAGAACAUUCACUCCUCCUCUCAUAUCUUCAAACUGGCGCAGGAUGCCUUUAAGAUAGCGACGCUCAUGGACAGUCUGCCGGACAUCACUCUGCUGAAGGUCUCCCUGGAGCUGGGUCUUCAGGUAAUGCGUAUGACGCUUUCAACGCUGAACUGGCGGCGGCGAGAGAUGGUACGAUGGCUAGUCACAUGUGCCACAGAAGUUGGGGUCUACGCACUGGACAGCAUCAUGCAGAGCUGGUUCACCCUCUUCACGCCCACCGAGGCCACGAGCAUCGUGGCCACCACAGUCAUGUCCAACAGCACCAUCGUACGGCUGCACCUGGACUGCCAUCAGCAAGAGAACCUGGCGAGCAGCGCGCGGACGUUAGCCCUGCAGUGCGCCAUGAAGGACCCUCAGAACUGCGCGCUGUCGGCCCUCACGCUCUGCGAGAAGGACCACAUCGCCUUCGAGACGGCCUACCAGAUCGUGUUGGAUGCGGCCACCACGGGCAUGAGCUACACGCAGCUGUUCACCAUCGCGCGCUACAUGGAGCACCGCGGCUACCCCAUGCGCGCGUACAAACUGGCCACGCUCGCGAUGGUGCAUUUGAACCUGAGCUACAACCAGGACACGCAUCCCGCCAUCAACGACGUGCUGUGGGCUUGUGCGCUCAGCCACUCGCUGGGAAAGAACGAGCUGGCCGCCAUCAUCCCGCUGGUGGUGAAAAGCGUCAAGUGUGCCACCGUGCUGUCGGACAUAUUGCGGCGUUGCACACUGACCACGCCUGGCAUGGUGGCGCUGCACAGCCGCAGGAACUCUGGGAAGUUGAUGUCGUUGGACAAAGCCCCGCUAAGACAGCUCUUGGACGCUACGAUCGGGGCCUACAUCAACACGACGCACUCGCGGCUCACGCACAUCAGCCCGCGGCACUACAGCGAGUUCAUCGAGUUCCUCAGCAAAGCCAGAGAGACUUUCCUCAUGGCGCACGACGGACACAUUCAGUUCACACAAUUCAUAGACAACCUGAAACAGAUAUACAAAGGCAAAAAGAAACUCAUGAUGCUCGUGCGCGAGCGGUUCGGCUAGUCCACCUUUGUACGCUUUUUAAGU